AAUUGAUCAUCACAUCGUGUAUAUAUGUUGUGGUAAUAAAUCUCGACCAUUUUCUGUGGUUUAUUAUCCUUUUUGAUUUGAUCCAGUUUAGUCAGCACAAAUUCUCUAAAUCUAAAUCCCAUUCAUUUACCGACGAAAAAAAAACCAACAUAGACAAAAUGGCUCAAGUUGUACCGAAUGAUGAACGAUUUUUUGGCAAAUUUAAAUUAAUUUCUAGCGAUAAUUUCGAUGCAUUUCUCAAAGAAAUCAAAAUUGGUUUCAUGCAACGUAAAGUGGCCAAUAUGACUAGUCCAGAUUUACAAUUGAUCAAAGAAGAUGAUGGCUGGACAACGAUCAAAGUGAAUACACCAAUUAAAACGAUUACAAAUCGUUUUAAAUUGGGUGAAUUUUUCGAUGAAACCCGUGUGGAUGGUAAAGUUUGUAAAUCCAAAGUGGAUUUUGAACCACCAAACAAAUUCAUUCAAAUGCAAUGGGAUGAUGGAUUAGAAAUUAAAUAUGUACGUGAAUUUGUCGAAAACAAAAUCAAUGUUACAUCCACCUGUAAUGGUGUCGAAUGUUUUCGUGUUUAUGAACGUGUUGAAUGAGCAAAACGACAAAAAAUUAAGUGAUGAAACAAAAAAAAAAUUUCCAAUUUUUUAAACUAAAACUAAAUCUAAUGAAUUAA